AUGCAUCGAACAGGUGGCUCUUCCUCUACUCCCCUGCUCCUGGCUCUGCUGGUCAUGAUGUGGCCUGAAGGAAGCAGUUAUGAAGAGAUGCCCAAGAUGAUGCCACCCCAUACCCUCGACGACGACGGCUUGGCAAACUUGACAGUUUCCGCCAACAGCUCAAACGUUACUCUUGUGAUUCCCUUUGCCCCAGUCAAUCUGCAAGAUGUAUGUGACCCUGCAACUAUUGAUUCGAUCGAUCAAGUACUCUUGUGCGAAGAUGCAUGUGCCAAUGCUGAAUGUUGCUGGAAGACCAACACGUGCGUGGAGGACAUUGUCUGUGAACACUACUCGCCUUGCACAAUCUUGGUUCAUGCUACAUCGGGUCCCUCUGACGAGUAUGUGACCAUGAUGCCGACCGGCGACACUGUCGCCCAGCUGCCUCCUCCAGAUCUGCCGGAAAUAUGCUCUGCUGCUUCUCUUACAACUACAGAUGGAUUUCAGCUUUGCCAGGACGCUUGUAGGAAGAUGGAAUGUUGUUGGAAGCCUUUUGUUGCUUCCUGUGUCUCCGAGCCUGUAUGCCAAGGAUACACGCCCUGCUGGAAUUUGGUACCCAGAGGGAUCAGCCCCAUUGAGUAUGCAUGCGACCACGAGUAUGACCCUGCUGAAUGUGUGUCCAAAUGUGCCGAAGCAACAUGUGGCUUCGCCAGAGACAUAGAAGAGUUUUGUGAACCAGACACCAUUGUCUGCAGCUACUACGCAACUUGUGAGACCUUGUAUUCAAAUGCGAAUACCUACACCAAUACAGCAGCAGAGGAGGCAUGCUUCAGUAAUGUACAGGGUCUCCUUGCACCUUGUUUGGAAGUUUGUGCUGAAGCCACCUGCUGCUUUACAACCGAUGCUUCCAAGGCUUGUGACGCGACAGGCCCCGCCAUUGACUGCAGCGAAUAUGUUGCUUGUUGGUUCUUGUUUACGAACGAAAUAGAUGACGUUGCGGUUGAUUUUGCGUGCUAUGGAGGGAACCUGAGUGCAUUCAGCUGUGUGCUCCGAGUCCUUCUUAUCACGCAUGCAAAGUACUUUAUGAGGGCCACGCUCUACCAUAACCCACAACGAACCACUAGCUGA